GCUGUCCAUACGCAGCGAGGAUGAGAACACGUCAUCUAUGUUCCACUUUACGUCCAAGGUGCGUUCGAUGAAGCAUGGCAUCGCCAGCAGAAAGCUGACUCCACUCGAAAAGAAGUACCUGCUGGCAGCUGAGCACGGUGACAUACCCACCGUGUCAAGGAUACUGAACCUGGCCAAGGUGCGCUAUGAGCUGGUGGAGCUGGACAUAAACUGCGCCGACUCAUUGGGACGCACGGCGGUGCACAUGGCUAUAGAGAACGAGAAUUUGCCUCUGCUCGAGACGCUUCUGGGAGCGAGCGUGGAGGUUCAGGACAGCCUGCUUCAUGCCAUCAACGCCGAGUACGUCGAAGCAGUCGAGUUGCUGCUCGACUACGAGGAAACCACGCACGUGCAGGGAGAGCGAUACAACUGGGAGAAGGUCAACUCGGCUACCUCCACGUUCAACCCAGAGAUCACGCCGCUCAUCCUGGCCGCCCACCGCAACAACUACGAGAUUCUGAAGUUGCUGCUGGACCGCGGCGCCACGCUCCCCAUGCCGCACGACGUGCGCUGCGGCUGCGACGAGUGUGCCGAGGCGGUGCGCCGCGACUGCCUGCGCCACUCGCGCUCACGCAUCAACGCCUUCCGCGCGCUCUCGUCACCCUCACUCAUCUGCCUGUCGAGCGUGGACCCCAUCCUGACAGCGUUCGAGCUCAGCCUCGAGCUCAAGCGGCUCAGUUACGUCGAGAACGAGUUCAAGGUCGACUACAAGAAGCUCCAGCACCAGUGCCAGGAUUUUGCCACGUCUCUACUAGACCACAUCCGCACGUCAGCAGAACUUGCAUGUAUCAUGAACCAUCAAGUGAGGGCUGCUAGUGAUAAUCAAGAGGACGACAGCAUGUCUCUCGCCAGGCUCGAGCUUGCUAUAGCACACCAACAAAAAAAGUUCGUUGCGCACCCGAACGUGCAGCAACAGAUGAGCACCCUAUGGUACGAUGGUCUGCCUGGAUUCCGGAGAAAGAGCAUAUUCGGCCAGUGCCUGCAGAUUGUCAAGAUCGGCGUGGCCUUUCCCUUUUACUCAGCCAUGUACAUCUUCUUCCCACGCAGCCGCAUAGGCAGGGUCAUGAAGAAGCCGUUCGUGAAGUUCAUCUCAAACGCCUUCUCGUACCUCCUUUUCCUGCGUGAUCAGACGCUCAUCCACGAGCAUGCCAUCGACGUUUUUUGUCCCUAUGGUCAGACACUAAGCCAAGAGCAUGUCACCUACGUCAUUUCUGCCUGUGGUGAGACACUCAGCCACGAGCGUGCCACCCACAUCAAUGCUGAUCUAUGUCAGACGCUCCACCACGAGUGUGCCACCGACGUCAUUGCUGCCCUGUGGUCUCCCACUGAGCCACGACGGGCCACAAACAGCAUUGCUGUCCUGCGUACAAAUGCUGAGCCACGAGCGUGCCACCCGCGUCAUUGCUGCCUGGUAGUCACAGGCACUGCCACGAGCGUGCCACCCACGUCAUUGCUGCCCUACGUUCUCUUGAUUCUGGCAUCUCAAAGGGUGAACUUGGAAGAUCUUCACUCCCAUUUUCAAGGUGGCGUAGUAACAAAACAACAGCAGCGAGGCCUGCCGCCUUCGUUUGUCGAAGUGGCAAUCCUAACCUUCGUCAUAGCUCACAUAUGGGAAGAGGCAACUGAAAUAUGGUCAAUAGGCAUAGCCCAUUACCUCAAGGAUAGCUGGAAUAUGCUGGAUUCAAUACGAAAUACGAUGUACGUCGCUGCAACACUGCUCCGUGUGGUGGCCUACAUUAAGGAGACACAGGAAAUAGACGAGCACCCGCUGCUUGCGUACCUUCCGAGAGAAGAGUGGGAGCCCUUUGAUCCCACGUUGAUUGCAGAUGGUCUCUUCGCUGCCGGAAACGUUUUUUCGGCACUGCGGCUUGUGCACCUAUUCUCGAUGAACCCCCACCUGGGGCCCCUGCAGAUAUCAUUGGGCAGGAUGGUCAUCGACAUCGUCAAGUUUUUCUUCGUCUACACCCUGGUGCUGUUCUCGUUCGCCUGCGGCCUCAACCAACUGCUUUGGUACUACGCGGACCUCGAACAGACCAACUGUGACCCGAACAACAUCAGAGACUCCUCCUGCCUUACGUGGAGGCGAUUCUCCAACCUGUUCGAAUCGUCGCAGUCCUUGUUCUGGGCGAGCUUCGGCCUGGUGGACCUCUCCAACUUUGAGCUGACAGGCAUCAAGAGCUACACGCGGUUCUGGGGCCUACUCAUGUUUGGAUCGUACAGUGUCAUCAACGUCGUCGUUCUCCUCAACCUGCUCAUUGCCAUGAUGAGCAACUCAUACCAACGCAUAUCGGAACGCGCAGACACGGAAUGGAAGUUUGGCCGAGCCAAAUUGAUCCUGAAGUACUUCCACCCAGGUCAGACGUUGCCACCCCCAUUCAACUUGUUGGAGUUCAUCCGCCACAUCACUAAGCUCAUUGGCUGCAAGGGGCCAAAAAGAAAAGACAAGAUUUACUUGGAAGAGAAGGAUGUGCAUUUAAAGAAAGAAGAAUUGACAUAUCAGGAGGUUAUGAAAAGUCUUGUGUGGCGUUAUGUGACCAGCGAGCAGAGUAAGAACGAGCAGGCACCCGUCACCGAGGACGAUGUGAACGAGCUCAAGCAGCAGAUCACCUCCUUCCGGUACGACUUGCUCGACGUGCUCAAGGACAACGGCAUGAAGAUCAACAAAGUACAGCGCAAGAGAGCCGAAGCGAUUCCGAACAAAAAGGUGCGCGUUCGUGAGCGGCGGCUACUGAAGGACUUCAGCAUCACACUCAUGGACGCCUCGGAUCCAGACUUGCUUUCGCGUCAUUCGAGCAGUGCUGACGUGAGCAGGAACGAAGCCGAAGAAACGGAGUCGCGACCUCACUACAGCCGGGUGCUGCAGCGCUGGAGGGAUCUAGUCAAGGCGCUGCAGGUGUCGCCCAUCGGGAGCAGCAAGAACCUCUCCGCGCCAACGCGCACCGCAGUGCUCAGGGAAAAACUGGAGCACCAGGUGAGCACCGAGAUCGAGGAGGGGUCCCUGCCGACUGUGUGCGAGGCUGAGCUGGCCGCAGCAGAAGUGAGCGAGACUCCGCUGGUGGACUCGGUGCAGGAGGCUGCGAACAAGGGCUGGCUGUAGGGUCACUGUUCUGUGGCUGCCCGUUGUUUGAUUUGCUGACUUGCUUGAAUUGCAUGUUCUCUUUGGGGAGCCUUGUAUAUGCACGUGCAAUAAACUGUCAGUUGUGAGAUA